GAAUAAGAAGUGGGAAAUUCGUUGGGAAGGUCACUACAUGUAAACCGUUUGUCUUACUGUAUGCCGGAGGCAACAACCGAGGAUAUCUGCGUUGUUCAGAACCUUCCAUCAUUAGAACACUACUAUCACGGUUACAUUGAUCGGGCUGAGGCAGAGAAGCGCCUACAAACUUUCAAUAUACCAAACAGUUAUCUUUUACGUCUAAGCCGUACAACUCAUGGCAAUGAUACAUGGGAGAACAUAUAUGUCCUAUCAUAUCUUUCCUCAGCGCGUGUCUGUUUUCACUUCAGACUUAUCCCACGUUUCCAUUGCUUUCAACUUGGUGGAAGAUUUUUCGACAGUUUAGAUGGCUGUUUGUCGAGGUAUUACACCCGUGACAUAAUGACAGGUGAACGCCUUAAACAUCCCAUCCCACCUACUAGUCUUCCUAUUGAAUAUCAUACACAACGCUUACGUGCUAUUCAGGAUUUUGAGCCAGAUAAUGCUUAUGAUCGACUUGGAUGUGCUGUUGACGAUCGUUUCUUAUUGGUUCAUGAAGACCCGAACUCGGAUUGGUUACUAGCCACUUCAUUGAAAUCUCGUCAUUCAGGUUACUUACCUAAAUCGUGCGUUGAGAAAGAAUAUCCUGAAAUUAUUGAACGUUUGGAUUUCUUUCAUCCUGAUUCAACUUCACAUCCCAAAGAGCUGCUUAAAAAAGCUGGUGCAUUUAGUUACUUGUUAAGACCGUGUGAUUCACGUCCAGGCUUAUAUACAUUACUAUUGUACGAUGGUAUAAGAGUACGUAAAUGUCGACUUGAAUUGGUUGUUCAAUCAGAAUUAAUCUAUCGAGACAAUGUAACACCAACAACAAAUAAAAAUAAUCAAAAUACAAAUUCUGAUCGUAGAAACAGUGGACCUUCAGAUGUACACAUAGAAGAUACUGGCGAAGAAUCAUCUGCGAUUGAUAAUAGCGGAGGCGAUAAAUCAGAUGUGCAUAGAAGACGAUCAGAUGAAACAUUUUCAGGGUCUAGGAGAUUAGACAAUCAAGAUUCUUCAACAAAUGAUACUUCAACACUCAGUGUAAAUUUUCAGUUUCCUCUCUAUCGAACAACAACUAAAAUUCUGUACAGUGGAACAACUUUUCCUAGUGUAGAAGCUGUAGUCGCAGCGAUUGAAUCACAUCAUUCCGAACUUUUUCAUACUGAAGAAUCCAGUACUCUAAAUGUACCUGUUACUGGAGAUUGCUUAAUGGAUACUGAAUCUGCUAACCAUUCAACGAAUGGCACAGUAUCAGGAAAUCAUCAUGUACAGUCGAAUGAAUUCCAUUCAACGGAUGGCUCAAAUAUGCACACUAACUUGCCUGUUUUUAAACCUGUCAACAGAGAACGUAAACCUCAGAUACAUCCUCCAUCGUCUACAAUCUAUAUGGAUAUGUUUUAUGCACGUCAACCUCCAGCUGCUCAUCAAACACUGACUGAAAUCCAUGGGGAACUAUCUGUCUGGUCACAACAAAGGAAAAAAUGGAAAUCAUAUUAUGCCCAGUUGGAUAGAAAGCAAAGUAUCUUAACAUUGGUUGAUGGUGAAAAACGCAAACCUGAAAGAUUCGAUCUCUCCAAGUGUGAUUUCUUUCCAAUUCAUUAUACUGUGUAUGACAAAGAGUUUUGUUUCGGUUUAAUUUUGUAUGGAGCAUCAGCAGGCGAUCGUGAAGACUUUGUUCUUUGCGUCGAAGCGCCAUGUUCUGGAAAUAAUAACAGUAGUAAUUUCAACUCAAAUUAUAUUAAUCCGUCAACAACAGUAUCUAGUCGAUUGAAUUUCUUCAGUGGAUAUGAUCUAGAUGCAACAUCAUAUGCUGGUCGACCUGAAGAACCACCACAUAUUCAUCCAUGUCUACUACGUUCAGGUUGUUGUCGGCAUUCAUGUGAGUGGGCUGCUCGCUCAAACUUGAUGUCUGUAAAUAGUAAUAAUAAUAACAAUAAUAAUAAUAAUCCUAGUAGCAGUAGAUCGCCAUCGUUGUCAACAUCAAUCCUGACAACUUCUGCUACGAUUUCACAAGACACCAGUUGUCAUGCAAACUGUAAUCUACCACCAGCGACUUUAGAGACAGUUUAUCAACGUUGGAUUACAAGUUUGAAAAGACACUGUCGUAAUACAAAAGCUGAUUCAGCCACAGAAGAUAAUGUCUCAUUAAGACAAACACACUUAAGGUGUUAUCGAAGUUUGGAAAUUAAGUUCAAUAAUGCCAGAUUAACUUCAUGUUCGUCAUCCUCAUCAUCUAAAUCACGUCGAGAUGAAUCAGUUUAUUCUGUUAAUUUAGAUGGUUUAGAAAUUGCACGUGCUUAUUCUGGUUCAUCAGUUGUUUCUGUCUUUUUGGAUGAGUUUCCUUUUGGAUUUAAGAAAGUUGAAGUUCUAAUGAAAGAGGAUAAACGUAAACGUUCGGAUAGUUUAUUUCCACAUCCGUUACAUAAUGCGGCAAAGUUAAACUUUAGGCACCAAAGAGGAUCGAACACACUAAAUACCUUGGAAAAAGCUGUAGCGUUGAAAGUUGCUGUAGACUUAGAUCUUGUACAAUACAAUGUUGGUGCACGUCAACAGGGGAGUAAUUCCAAUUGUUCUGCAACAACUGAUCAUGAUAGACGACUUUCUGUUAUUCACUCUUCUUCAUCCUCAUUAUCUUCAUCUUCAGCAGUAUUGCAUUAUUCUAUUUGUGAUAAACAAGAACGUAGUAAUGGGCAGAUAACUGUUAUUCAUAGAGAAUUACAUGUUAUACCAUUUCAGUAUUAUGAAGGUUUUCGUCAGACAAUACUCAAUUGUUUGCAUUCAGAAUUAGUACCUUUGUGUAUUCACGUUUGGAAGGCUUUAACACUUGGUGUAAGAAAAGCGAAUUUUGUCUCCAGCCUUCUUUUAACUACAAUCGAAUUGAAUUGCCAUUUGGAAUUAAUUGUCAAUUUAUUACGUAUUGAUGUAAAUAAUGAUAAACCAAAUACUUCUUUUCGGAGUAGUUCUUUAGGCGCACAAAUUCUAGAUAUGUAUAGUAAUACUGUUUGUUCAGCUUGGCGAAGUCAAUGUUUUCGACGUGUAUGCGAAAAAGCACUUGAAGGUCCUCCUCCAGGACCAUUGCCAACAUCUAGUCAUUCAACUUCAUCAUCAAAUCCAUCUUUAAAUUGUAGUGGUCAAGUUCAUUGUAAUAAUAAUACUUGCAAUGGUAAUAAUAAUUCUAAGUCUACAUCAAGUUACCAACAUCGUUCUGGUAUUGGAAGUGCUUAUCAGUCUACAAAUAGUGUAAAUUCUCAUCAAUCCUUGACAACACGACCGUGUUCAUUGUCGACUGGAGCUGAUACAACUGUAACAUUUGAUCAAGCCUCCUCUCCUACAUCAAAUUUGAGUACACUGCAACACCAUACACGUGUACAAGAAUGGCAUUAUUAUCUCCUGUCAAUUGUUGUAGAUGAUCUUAUUUCACAUGUUCGUACAUUCCCUUUACAAAUGAGAUGGAUCUAUUCUGAAUUGCAGGCCCUAUAUCCUCCUAAUCAUAGCCAUGUGGUUGUCUGUAAUUUAGUAUUUCUCCGUGGUUUAUGCCCAGUCUUAUCGAGUUGGGGUAAAACAGGUCGAUCAGAUUCAGUUACUGGAUCUACUCAUGGCCUUUUAUCCGGAUUUUGGACUUCUGGUGUUUCUAGUGAGCUUCAUUCUUCUGUCACUAGUCCUUUUUGUUCUUCUUGGUCUUCCUAUCCCCAGUUGAAUUCUAGUGUGAAUUCACCCACUGUUCCGUCUCAUGCAUCUGAUGCUUUGGUGAUUGUAGCCAAGACGUUAUUAGCUCUGGUUAAUUUACCACCAAAAAUACAAGCAGAUGGUCUGUUAUCAUCGGAGCAAUUUAUGAAUUUACGAACAAGACUGAUAAAAGAAUUUCGUCUACCCAUUACUUCACCUCUUUCACCGAAUGAAAUUAGACAACUAGAACAAUUACAUGAAACAGAAGCACGUAAAGCUAGUUGUAAAUCACUUAGUCGUGAAUUAGCUCAACUAGCCAAUUAUUUUCUAGAAGCCUUCAAUCCUAAACAUUCUACGCAUCAUUCAAACAACAAUAAUAAUAAUAAUAAUUGUCCUACUCACAAUCCUACUGACCAUCAAUUGUCCAAUUCUUCGUCCUCAUCUUUUACAAGUAACAAUUCUACAUCAACAGGAGUCAGCAGUUACGAGCAUAAGGCAACAGAUUAUUAUCCUAUUUCAUCAGCUUCACAUCUUUACGCCUCAUUAAUUGAUCUUGCUGAGAAAACACAUCAAUUUGUACAGUCGAAUUAAUAGGCGUUAAUUUGUUUUACUAUUAUUAUUAUUUUGUGUGAUGAUAAGCAGUAGCCGAAUAAAUCAACAGGCUUCUGUUACCAUUAGCACUACUACUAUUACUGCUCCAAGUAGUUUUUUUUCGCUCUUUUCUGAACUUUUCUUCCUUCGUUCAACAAUAUUUUUCGCUUGAUUACCACAUUUUUAUGAUCUUUCUCAUACCCAACAAGAAGAAGUCCCUCAUACACACACAUGCACACACGCGUGCGCCUACAUUGUCCCAGCAUAAUUGUUCCGUAUAAUGUGUGUAAUUUGUGUGUGUGAAUGUGUGUGCGUGCGUGUACGCAUGUGUAUAGACGAAGCAUUUCCCAGAUAUCUGUAUUCUUACUCUUCUAAUGUGUAUAUGCUUUGUUUUUUCGAAUUUCAUCAAAAUUUUAUUGUGUAUACAUUCUAGGUGUUGUUGUUUGUCUGACUUCCAGUGAUUGUGUGUAUUUAUGUGGUGUGUGUGACUUGUGGUUGACCUCUUUUGAUUGUUGCCUCAGUCACUUCAUUCACUGUGUGUGUUUGGGUGUGGGUGCGUGUGUGUGUCAUGAACUCUCAUAGCUUAUCCAUCGUUAAUAUUAUUUUUUGCUUUAUUUUGUAAUCAUCUGUUUAGUUUUUCUUUUUUGAAAAACAGGAGUAACUUAAGGAGGGGACCCCUCCUCCCUCUAGACACACAUACAUCUACACGAUAAUAUCGCCAAUUUUAUUCUGAAGUUAACAAUUCCUCCACCUUCUCCGACUACUUUUACUCGGACUCCUAGUAAUACCGUUAUUGUUGUUGUUGUUGACGUCGUUGUUGCCAUUUUGUUCAUGCUUGUAGAUUCUGUUUUUUUGUCCUCUACAAAACAGAUUAAAUAAAGUUCUUUUGUAGUUGACCCUCUAUUGAUAUUUCCUCCUUUCUGUUUGUUUUUGUUUGUUUGUCUGUGUGUGCGUUUAUCUGAGUGUUUUCCCCGCUUUAUUGAGUGAAUAUUUCCACGUUCCAUGUUCUUUGUUGUUCAUGGAUUGACUUCAACUCAAAAUCGAAAUUUCUAUCUUAUAGUGUAUAUUAUUGUCAAUAAUAAUAAUAAUAAUAAUAAUAAUAUACGCCUCCAUAUAAUCAUCGCUGUACUGGUAAACUCUAUCGCUUUCACACAAAUACGCGAAAAACAUAUAAAAUUAGAAAAAAAAAUAUAAUCACAUGUGAAUCUUCUUUAUCGUCUGUCUAUUCCAUCUUUAAUUAUUUUAUUAAUGUUAUCGUUUGUUUAGCUAUCUUAAAAAAUGAAACAAUAUGUGAAUAACUGAUCUGACUGAUGAUAUCAACCUUCACAUUUUGCCGUGUCAUUACUAUUUAGUAUUAUUUUUGUGAAUUAAUAUUCAUGUAGUUUCUUCGUAACCGGGGGUGUACUUGCCAUCCAUAGAAGGGGUUUUUGCAGUGUGGUUUUCGUCGGUAGUGAGAACAGUGGUUGGGGAGAUAGAAGGUUCCGCUUUCUUUAUUUUGCCCUUUGGCUUCAUCAUCGCAAUAUAUAUGGUGUCUGUUUUUAGAAGGUCUUAUUAUAUGAAUGCAGGGGUUGUUGUUCUACGCUUACAUGUGUCUUUCGCCUUUAUCUUUUUCCUUUCAGCCUAAUUUUUAAUUGUCUUUCUCUUAUUCCAUUCAGCGGUUGGCACAGUCAGUCACAGUGUGGUUAAGGGAUGUGAUUGAGCAAGUUGUGUAUUAUUUCCACUGUGUGUUAUCCGCGUGUGAGUGUGUGCGCCUGUGUUUGAUCUCUGUUUAAUUAUUCCCAAUUAUCUUCCUCUUUUUUGGAUUAAAUAAAUAUUAAUUGACU